AUGUUGAAACGCGAUUCAAGAUAUGUCCCCGACUCAUCCAAUACGGCUUGGUCUUGCCCUCAAUUUCUAUUUGUUGAUGUUUUGAUUCACCUUCAGACAUUUGAAGAAGCCAUCGUUGAGCUUCACACACUGAGAGAAGAAUCCUACAAAGCCAACACUCUUAUUAUAAAGUUGUUGAGAGACAAUAUAACCCUCUGGACCUCUUCACAUCCUUUUUCCCACACCUUGGUUCCCUACUUGACCUUCAAAUUUCACUUGCUUCACUAUGAGAUUCAUGUCAACAAAAGAUGUGUCAGCUUGACAAUCGGUGAGACAAUUGAUGACUUUACCAUGGUCCACUAG